AUGAGUGAAUCUACAACAAAACAAAGAGUGGUUCUUUUACCAAUUGAUGGGAGUGAACAUGCUGAACGAGCGUUUCAUUGGUAUUUGAAUAAUAUGAAGAGUUCAAAUGAUAUUGUGAAGUUUGUUAAUAUUGUUGAGCCAGUUUAUAAUACACCUGCAGUUGGAUUAACAAUGGAAACUCCACCAUUAACCGAUAUUACUAAAAUAAUGCAAGAUAGUAUUGAUAAAGGCAAGUUAUUGGGAAAAAAAUAUAUAUCUGAAGCAAAAAAAUAUGAUAUAAACUGUCAAGCAUUUCUUCACGUAGACAAUCGACCUGGUGCAGCUAUAUUAAAAUCAAUAGAAGAUCAUAAUGCAAAUUUGAUUAUAAUGGGAAGUAGAGGUCUUGGUGUACUUCGACGUACUUUUCUUGGAAGUGUUUCUGAUUAUGUGUUACAUCAUGCUCAUAUACCAGUUGUAAUUGUUCCACCAAAAUAAUUUUUUCAAGAAAAAAAAACCUUGAUAAUAUUUACUCUUUAAAUUAAAAUAUAAAACAUGUACCAUGUAAGAUAUAUUUUGCUAUGAUUAUACAACAUUUUAUAAGUG